AUGAGCAGCAAUAACGACAUUUAUGAUGUAUCUCUAGUACCAGACAAUGUGUGUACAUUGGAUGGUACUGAUUUUUAUCAAUUAGUACAAUCACUAGUCGGUGAAACUGUUUGUGAGAUUCUCAGAAUACGAUCAAUAAAUUCCACAAGAUCAUUUUUGAAUACUGACGAUGUGUUACAAAUUUUUAAAUAUGAUUCGCCUGAUUUAAUUGGUAUUAAAAAUAAAUUAUGUCACAAAAUGACGAAUGGUCAUUAUAUUAUUAAAGCUGGAAUUAAAAGCAGUUUAGCAUAUUUAACAAAAUUAUUAGAAAUAAAACAAGAUCAGCAACAAUCCAUCAUGAAUAACGACAAUAAUAAUAGUAAUGAACAAACAUUGCCAUAUGAAAUUAUAAAUAAUAAUUCAAUGUUAAGAUCAUUAUUUUCUUGGUACGAACAAAAUGAAAAUAUGAGCAAUAGCAAUCACAAACAAAUAUUUUUGUCAUCAUUUAUUGAUAACAUAACGAAGAACCUUUCAAAACCAAAACAUAAUUAUCGAUACAACGAAUCUAUUAAACGUUUUGCUGUAGCAUUAUUCAUAUUAGGUGGUAAAUUAACAUACGAAUUUGUUAGAAUGAAUUUGAUUGCUGCAUUACCAGCUAUUCCAACGUUAAAUAAUUUGAUAUUAAAUGCAAAUCUUAGAGUAGCAGAAGCAGAAUUUAGAUUUGAUGCAUUACAGCAACAUUUAUUAUCAAUUCAUACAAAACUUGGUUUUGUAUCAGAAGAUUGCACCGGUG